UCUGUAACAGUCAGUACGGUAUGUGAAAGCCGCAGUCAGUUCACUGGUGUUUACCCGUGAGCUCUGCAGCACCUCUGCUUAAGACUCAUUUUACCUCGUCAUCUAGUGCCAAAGUUAGUGUUUCCUCUUCUGACUGCCAGGUACGGUGCUUAUAUUUUUGUAUUACAGCUGCAAAAUAUAUCCUAAGCGCUUUAUUCUACCGCUUAGAAUAGACAUUUUUAUGAUAGUGCGCGUCGCCUCUGUGAUCUCGCGACUGAUCCCUGCGUGAAAGUCAACUCAGUCAUCUCGUUUUGCUGCAGCGACCAGCGGUGUGUUUGCGAGUUCAGAGGCACAUUGUCUUACUGUAUAUUUGCCAUAGCGUAUAGUCAUUAGGGUUUACUGUAAUCUUGUAUUGGGAGAUUGUUAUUUUGCUGCGAUUUUGGGCCCGUGAAGCAUCACCAGGCCUUAUCCCACAGCUCUUUUUUUGCAUAAAGGUGUUAAUAGCGAGGAUCUAGGAGAGAGAGGGGGGGAGUCAAAAACAAAGUGGGCCUGGAUCCGUUUCCUUCCUAUAAUCAGGUUGUAAACGGAAUACUUUUUCCGAGUUGAAUAGCCUGUAUAGAAGUCUGGGUUAAUGCCGGAUUUCGAGCACUUCAGAUUUUCCUAUUCGAGCAUGCAGCAGCAGCAUCAGCACCAACAUCAGAUGACGAACGACUCCGCAAUCCUGGAGCCUGGCUACUUCCUGGGGGACCACGGUGGGUUCGGUCCAGAUGGGUGGUCCGGGCUGGACCUGGGCGCCCUCCCGCCCUCGGGCCUCGCCUACCUGCACCUGAGCAACAACCACAACCCUUUAUUACACCGCGGGGUGCCCCCCUCCCCUGCGGCCACGGCGCUGCGCAACGACCUGGGCUCCAACAUCAGCGUCCUGAAGACGCUCAACCUGCGCUUCCGCUGCUUUUUGGCCAAAGUGCACGAGCUGGAGCGCAGGAACAAAGUGUUGGAGAAGCAGCUGCAGCAGGCGCUCGAGGACAACGGUGGAGGGGACGGACAGCACCAGAGGCCGCUGACAAAAGAUAUUGGGGUCCAGACUGGAUUCAUUGGGCCUAUUCCUGCCAGACCGGGUCUCAUUCUGCUCCACAACGUCAACAGCUCGGCCUACCUGCCCGGCGGCCUCCUCUCUCCAACCCUGAACCCUCCUCUUUAUGACAACAAAUACCUGGGAAGCAACCUCAACCCGGUCUCCACGGAUUCAAACUCCAACCUCACCACGUCCGGUUUCUCCCUCAGCCCGGCUCUGAGUCCCACCGACCCGUCCAAGACCAUCACCAACACCGGGACGAACACCAACAAAACCCCGCCGCGUUUCCUCCCCGGGACCAUCUGGUCCUUCAACCACACCCGCCGGUUUGGCACCGGGAGGGAGUCGUGCGCCUCGGGCCCGGGAGUCUCCUGGACGCAGCCGGACGGUGUCGGGGUCCAGGUCGACACCAUCACACCUGAGAUCCGGGCCCUGUACAACGUGCUGGCCAAGGUGAAGAGAGAACGCGACGAGUACAAGAUCAGAUGGGAGGACGAGUACACAGCCAGGGUGGACCUGCAGGAGAAGGUGGCUGAACUGGAGGAGUUGAUGUCUCUCUCUCUUCCCCGCACACCUGCUGGUUGUUUCCAGCUGCAGCAGCAGGAGGAGUCCAUCGAGGAGGUGAUUAAAGACACGGAGUCUCUGUUCAAAUCCAGAGAGAAGGAAUACCAGGAGACCAUCGACCAGAUAGAGGUGGAUCUGGCGACAGCCAAGAGCGACAUGAACCGUCACCUGCACGAGUACAUGGAGAUGUGUUCGAUGAAAAGAGGCCUGGACGUCCAGAUGGAGACCUGCAGGAGACUCAUCACACAGAGCGGAGACGGGGAGUCACCCUCGCUCAUCCCGCUGACGGUGGACGACUCCGACAGCGACGAGAAGAAGAAGCAGCAGCCGGCUCUUCCUGCGGAGUCUGAGAGCAGCGUUUCUUACUGCGGCGCCAACGCCGCCAUCCCUCCUCUGACCUGGAGGAAACCCUAACACACACACACACACUGCUGGUAGAUAAUGUCACACCAACGCUCCUCUCUUCCUCCAAUGUCUCUGUGGUUUUUAGUUUACUUAAGGUCGACAUUAUUUUAAAACCAGCAGAUGUAAAAUGUCCUUUUUUAAAUCUUCAAGCUUCUCUAAAAGCCGCCCGUCUGAUGUUUGUCCCGUUUUUACUGGACGUCAACCUGACAGCCGCUACGUUUGUGUGAGUCAAACAAACACAAAGCCAGAAUUUGCUUGCAAAGCUUAGAGUGAAUAAUACAAAAAUAAAAAGAGGCAGUAAUUCAUCACUUGAUGGGUAACUGCUGCCCUCCUGUGGUUAUCAGCUGUAACUGCACCUCAGUGACGGUCAAACCGAACAAAAUGGCCUUUUUAAAAACAUUCAGAUGAAAAGGAGACAUUUUAUUCUGCACACUGGUCUCACUGUCGAGUGCAGCAGCUGAUCAUUUGCACAGUUUCCGUGUCGAUGCCUUUCAGCUGCAGGUGCACGGAGAGUCGCUAACGCACAAAGAAAAAGUUUGCACACAAACUGCUCAUUGAAGUGGUGAAGAGUGGUCACAUGUAUGCACAGUUCGUUGUUUAUUACCCUAGAAUGCUUGUUUUCAUUCAGUAUUUUUACUUUCUUGUGUUUUAAUCCCGUCAUGUGCAGCAACAUGUUGCGAGUAUAGCAGAAAUAAUAAAGAAUAAUAAUAAUAACCCGAUAGAAAGUUCACAUUUGACAGAUCUCCAACUGUCAAAGCCCAACUUGCCUUAAACUGACAAAAUAUGACACCUUCCCCGAUAGAAACAACUCUUUUCAGAAUGUACAGAGAUGUACAUUAUACAUCUGUUUAUUUGUAGGUGUAGUUAAAAGGUAAUAUUUACUCUUAACUAACUAGUCCAUUACUCUACUUUAUUAUAAGCAGAUAUCAGAACUCUAAAUAACUACACUGAGGAAAGUCCCUGAAUUAAAAGUGCAGAACUUUGAAUUGAACAUUAUUAUUACUGCGCAUUUCCAAAAUAAACACCUGUGAUUGGCUUCCAGUCUCUCACACGGUCUCCAUAUUAUUAGACACCAUCGACAUCUCAAAGUUACUUUGGUUUAAGCGAGUUUAAUUUAAUCGUUAAUCUCUUUAAAAUGUCAACCCGUCAGUUGAUUAAAUGACUGACGGGUCAACUCGUCUUUUUCCCUUAAAAAAAGUUUAUUUACUUUUGAGACUUUGAAGAAGAUCACAGCUGAAGUGGAUUUUUUGUCUCUAAGUUUAAAAGGGGAAGGUGUCAUUUAUACGCCAUCAAUCACGAGCUAACCUCCUUGUUAGCAUCAAUGCUAAUGGAACUCUAUGACGUCAUCGCUCUUAAACGUCCCAUGUGACGCGUGUCGUACGUUUCUGCUGCAGAACCAGCAGAAGGGACUCGUCUGUGAUGCUGAGACGGUCGACGAAACAACAGAAAUUUAAGGGAAUUUUAUUUUUAUUUUACAAAAAUUGAAAACCUAUUUUAAGAAUGUACAGUUUGUAAAGGCUACACGUUGUAUCUAAUGUACAUAAUAAGGCUGAACUAUCUAACGCUGUGAGCUUCAUGUUCUUGUGAUGUCAAUUUAGCUGAAAUCAGUGGCAUUUAAUGAACUAAUACCUUUUAGUUUUACCAUUACUAUCAAUUGAUUUAGACAUCCUAGUAGUAUCAUACCAGUACAUCAGAGUAAAUACACCGUCAGCAAUGAUUACAAGUUAAAGCGAGUUUAGUUUUUGGUUUCCUGUUUAAGGAAGUGUGUUUUUAAAGUCAUGAUUUGUAUUAAUUUGUGCCAGUUUAUCCGUCUUUGUCGACAGUUCACCUCUUCAAUCAUCGUUAAUUAAAUAAAUGUCUGCUUAAUCAAUAACCUGCCACGUUCACCACAGAAAUAGAUUGUUUAAAGGAACACUUUUAGGUUUAGUGCUGGAGUUUUCUUCUCUGAACACGUUUCUAAUCAAACCCAGACUUGUCGCCAUAAACUAAACUCUUAUCUUCCAGAUAUGUCUCAGUGCGAACAGAAGAAAUGGAGUGAAAUGUAAAAGUGUUCCUUUAAAGUCAAGGAGAAGCAAAGCAACUGUGUACAAUAUACUUAAAAGCAAAAUAGACAUCUCACCUCAUGGAACUGUACAGAUGCUGCUUGAACUGAAAUGUUGACGGCUAAACUAUAAGAAUGUAAAAAGCAUCUGUUGAAAGAGCAGAAAUAAAUCAAGUGUGUAAGAAAAGAAAACCACUUAAAGGCCUCAUGAAACAUGGAACACGGAACAUGGAACACGAAACGUGAAGCAUGGAACACGGAACGUGGACAGACAGAAGUCAGCAGGAGCUCGUCUGAGCUCUGCUGCUGUUCUUGGUUCAGAUAUUCGGAGCUCUGAUUGUGUUCUCCGUCACUUCACGUGUAAAACAAGUCGUCGUCGUCGUGAGGACUUUAACGUUUUGUUUCUCAGUCACAGCUGUUUGAAUGUAUCGGAGCUAAAUGAAGAGUUGCACAGAAUAAAAGACAUCGAAGGAG